GUCCAACGUGAAUGAGUUACCUGCACGGUAGCUGCAGGCCGAGCUCUAACCAGAUAACGUGGCCCUCGGUUCCUGGCAGAGGGAAACAAGAUCAUCUAGAAAGAAAAGAUAAUUUCUCCCUUGAGUCACAACGAGACAGAAACAGAAAAAAGCACCAAAGCUAUGUUGCUCCAAUCAAAGCUGAAAAUGCUUUUAAUGUCUGAGCAAUCUUAAGAGGAUUGAUUUAAGUGGACACCAUGACUAUCUGGCUGAUCUCUCUGAUGAGUAUUGAAGUUCUACUUUGGGCAGUACCUUACCUGAGUUUACGUAUUGAACCUGGAGAAGGCAGUCUUGCGGGGGGAACGUGGAUCACAGUCAUUCUUGAUGGUUUGGGAUUGGGUGUCCUUUACCCCACCAAUGGCUCUCAAAUGGAGAUACACCUGGUGAACAUGAACGUGGCCAUGUCUGCACUGCCUACUAUCCCCUGUGAUGUCUUUCCCGUGUUUUUGGAUUUGCCCGUGGUGACAUGCCGGACAAGAUCUCUGCCUUCUGAAGCACAUGAGGCUCUGUACUCCCUAGAAGUGUACUUUGGAGGACAGGCAAUAGGCAGCCCAAGUCCAGGAGCACAAGAAAGCUGUACUUUCAAGUUUUCCAAGGCACAGACACCCAUUGUUUACCAAGUUCAUCCAUCAAGUGGAGUUCCAGGAGAACUAAUACAUGUACAUGGCUGGAUUAUCACUGGGAAAUUGGAAACCUUCGAUGUUGACACUGAGUACAUUGACAGCCCAUUGAUCUUGGAAGCUCAAGAAGACAAAUGGAUGACUCCUUGCUCUCUUGUAAACAGGCAGACAGGAAGCCGCUAUCCCAUUCAGGAAGACCAUGGCCUUGGGACUCUGCAGUGCCGUGUGGAAGGCAACUACAUCGGCUCCCAGAAUGUUAGUUUCUCAGUGUUUAACAAAGGAAAGUCCAUGGUUGACAAGAACGCAUGGCUGAUCAGUGCCAAGCAAGAGCUUUUCCUGUACCAGACAUACUCAGAAGUACUAUCUGUGUUUCCAGAAACCGGGAGCCUCGGGGGAAGAACAGACAUCACAAUUAUAGGAGACUUCUUUGACAACUCUGCCCAGGUUACUAUUGCAGGCAUUCCAUGUGAUAUCAGACGCGUGUCUCCCAGGAAGAUUGAAUGCACCACUAGGGCUCCAGGAAAAGAUGCCAGGCUCACUGCUCCUCAAGCUGGCAAUCGAGGGCUUCUGUUUGAAGUUGGAUAUGCUGCCAAGGGCUUGGCACUGAUGGAAGCCACCCCUGGGUACAGGUGGCAGAUUGUCCCUAAUGCCAGUUCUCCAUCUGGAUUUUGGUCAAAGGAAGGACAGCCUUUCAGAGCACGGCUCAGUGGGUUCUUUGUGGCUCCAGAGACAAAUAAUUACACUUUCUGGAUCCAGGCAGACAGCCAAGCUUCCCUGCAUUUCAGUGGGUCAGAGGAGCCCAGGACUAAGGUGAAAGUGGCCUCCAUUGGGGUUGGCACUGCUGACUGGUUUGACUCCUGGGAGCAGCAUGGGGGUGAAGGGAUGUGGAAGCAGAAGACGCCCAAGUUGGAGCUGUUGGGCGGAGCCAAGUACUACCUGGAAGCAGAGCAUCAUGGGAUAGCCCCCAGCACAGGGAUGAGAAUCGGUGUCCAGAUUCAUAACACCUGGCUGAGUCCUGAUGUGGUCACCACUUACCUCCAGGAGAAGCACCAGAUCCGAGCCCGAGCCCAGAGGCUUCCGGAAAUACAGGUGCUGAAUGUGUCAGGCAACGGAAACUUCUUUCUUAUGUGGGACAAUGUUUCUAGUCAGCCAAUCCCUGCAAAUGCCACAGCCCAUCAGAUUCAAACAACCAUUGAGGAGUUACUUGCAGUAAAAUGCAAACUGGAACCUCCUUCAGCUAAUGUCCUACUGCGGCUUGGAUUUGAACAAGGUCCAGAAGUUUCCAGCUCUGAUGGGGACCUCACCAGUGGGUCAGAGCCUUUCUGUGGCAGGUUCAGCCUCCAUCAGCCUCGACACCUUGUUCUGAUGCCCCCAGCUGCCCAGAAGGGCUAUCAGUUAGAUCAGCACAUACAUCUGUGUCUUGCCUACAAAGGCCACACGAAUAUGACCGUGAAGAUGACUGUGUCCUACACAACCGGCUUUCACAACAUGGCGCAGAAGAAUAUCACCUGUGAUUGGACUCUCAUGAAGACCAGUCCCAAGAGAUGGCGUUUCACUUGCACUGACCUCUGGGAGACAUGUGUGUGGCGUUCCGGGGAUGUCCACCUGCUUCAGGCAGACUCCCCAGUGCUGGUUCAUCAGAUUGACCUUCUGCUUCUGGCUCAGGAGACGGGCGUGCUCUUUGUGGAUGAAAUUAUUAUUGCAGACACAAACAUAACAGUUUCUCAAGCUGAUUCUGGAACAGCUCGUCCAGGUGGGAACCUGGUGGAAUCAGUUUCUGUGGCGGGGUCCCCUCCAGUCUACAGUGUGACCUCCUGGCUGGCUGGAUGUGGCACGGAGCUCCCGCUCAUCUCUGCACGCUCUGUGCCCACUGAAGGAACAGAAGAAGGAUCUGGACUGGACCGGGUGACAACACAGAGACUACAGAGGACGAGUCCACCGUUAGGAGGACACUUUUACAUCCACCUUUCUAAUACAGUGAUUCUUGAUGUCCCUGUGCACAUUUCUGCAAGUCGCCUUCACAAGCUUUUGCAGAACAAUGCUGAUGCUGUCACCUCCAGAUACCUCAACGCCAGUGACUUCGCUGUGAAGGAGGAUCUGAACACUUGCUAUGAACAUGUGUGGACCCUGUCCUGGUCCACCCAGAUUGGGGAUUUGCCCAAUUUUAUCAGGGUCUCUGAUGGAAAUCUUACCGGACUGAAUCCUGUUGCAACCACUCGUGUGAUAUAUGAUGGGGGAGUUUUCCUUGGACCUGUAUUUGGAGACAUGUUAGCUACUGCCAACCACAACACUCAGGUGGUUGUGCAAGUGAAUGACAUACCAGCUCAUUGCCCAGGCUCUUGUUCUUUCCAGUACCUCCAAGCCUCAACUCCCUGGGUCCAUUCUAUGUGGUAUUCUCUUGAUGCUGACACCAACCUACUGGUUUACAUUGCUGGAACUGGUUUCUCUAGUGACUCCAAGUCCUUGCAGGUUACGGUGAACCAAACAAACUGCAGAGUUAUUUUCUCAAACCAAACAAAUGUGGUCUGUCACACGGACCUGCUACCAGUGGGAGAGCAUCAGAUCUUGAUGUUGGUGAGAACCUCUGGUCUUGCCAUCAAUGCCAGUGGAGAAGGCCUCUUCCUGAAGGUGGAGCCUAGAGUGGAUGCUGUGGAACCUUCCAGAGCUGCAGAGAUUGGAGGGCUCUGGGCCACCAUCCGAGGCUCUAGUUUGGAAGAUGUUAGACUGGUGUUCUUUGGGUCUCAGUCUUGUGCCAUCAAUGUCACCACAAGCAGUUCACGAAGAAUUCAAUGCAGAGUUCCACCUAUGGGCAAAGAUGGACACAUUGUGAAUGUGACUGUCGUCAGAGGGGACCAUUCUGCAGUACUUCCCAGAGCAUUUACGUAUGUCUCCUCUUUAAAUCCAGUGAUUGUGACUCUCAGCAGAAACAGAAGCAACAUAGCAGGAGGCGAGACCCUGCUCAUUGGAAUGACGUCCCUGAUGAACUCGACAGAUUUAGCCGUGGAGGUCCACGUUGGUGGUGCCCGAGCUGUGGUUCGUGCACAGAUGGCUUGGGGCUUGGAGGUGGUGCUUCCCGCCCUGCCAGCCGGCCUCCACGGGCUAUCCGUCUCUAUCAACGGAGUCAGCAUUUGCUCGCAAGGGGUUGAUCUCCACAUCCGGUACAUCACAGAAGUUUUCAGCAUCCAGCCGAGCUGUGGGUCCCUUCUGGGUGGCACCUUCCUCAGCAUCUCAGGAAUAGGAUUUAGCAGGGACUCAUCUUCUGUUUGGGUGCUCAUGGGCAAUCAGUCCUGUGACAUUGUGAAUGUUACAGAGGUGAGCAUCUGUUGCAAGACCCCUCCAGCUCCCCAGAUGCCUGAUGCAGAUGCUGUCCCAGCCCCUGUAGAGGUCUGGGUUGGCAACGUGUCCUUCACCCAUGGAUCUUCAGUGAGCUUGGUGGGGAAGGGCUUCACUUUCAUGUAUGAAGCAGCAGCAACACCAGUGGUCACUUCCCUGCAAGGAGAAAUCACAAAUAGCAGCCUGAGGCUGUAUGUGGGAGGAAGUAACCUCUCCAAUUCAGUCGUCCUUCUGGGGAGCUUCACCUGCGAUCUUGAGACAUGGUCUUCCCAGAGCAGCGUGAACCUGUUUGGAUGUUCCUUUCCUUUUCCCAGCUUAGAGGCAGGCAUCUACCCCUUCCAAGUACAUCAGAAGUGGAUGGGAUUGGCUAAUACAUCUGCAGUGCCCCAGCAAUUUGUGAUGACACCUUGGAUAAUGGCUGUCUCUCCAACCCAUGGCUCUGUGUGUGGGGGGACAGUACUGACUGUGAGGGGGCUGGCUCUCAACUCUAGAAGGAGAUCAGUUCAGGUUGACCUUUCAGGUCCUUUCACCUGUGUGGUUUUGAGUUUGGGAGACCACACCAUUCUUUGCAAGGUUAGCCCUGUGGAUGACCCUUUGCCCGGAACUUCCUUCAGCCUGGAUGUCACAGUCUUGGUCAAUGGCGUGACCAGUGAGUGUCAGGGGAAUUGCACUCUCUUCAUGCAGAAGGAGACAACUCCUGUGGUGAACGCCAUGACCACAAACAUCAGUGGGUCUCUGACAACUGUGCUGAUUAGGGGUCAGAGGUUAGGCACCACAACCAACAAGCUGAUGGUGUUUGUGGAUGAUCAACUUCCUUGCAAUGUGACUUUCUUUAAUGCAAGCUACAUGGCAUGCCAGAUAAGUGACUUGAUUCCAGGACCCCACUACCUAUCAGUUUUUCAUGCACGAAAUGGGUAUGCUUGUUUUGGUAACAUUUCCAGGCACUUCUACAUAACACCUCAAGUGUUUCAUUAUUUUCCUAAGCAUUUCAGCAUAUAUGGUGGAAGUCUGUUGGCCAUAGAGGGCACAGCCCUAAGGGGAAAGAACACCACAUCAGUCUCCAUUGGCCAGCAAGCAUGCCUGACAGUGGACAUCAGUGCUGAGCUCAUCCAGUGUGUUAUUCCUGCAGGGAAUGGCUCUGUUGCCCUGGAAAUCGAGGUAGAUGGACUUUUAUUCCAUAUUGGAACCAUUGAUUACAGCCACGACUUCACCCCAGAAUUGCUCUCUUUUUCUCAGAGUGACGACAUCUUAACCUUUGCAGUGGCCCAAAUCUCAGGAGCUGCAAAUAUUGAUAUCUUUAUUGGGAUGUCACUCUGUGUGGGUGUCUCUGGUAAUCACACUGUCCUCCAGUGCAUGGUCCCUUGCCUUCCUGCUGGGAAGUACCGUGUCAGAGGUUAUGACCACAUCAGAGGGUGGGCCUCAUCUCUCCUGGUGUUCACUUCAAGAGUUAUUAUUACAGCAGUGACCAAGAACUUUGGCUACCUGGGUGGAGGUCUUGUGCAUGUCUUUGGAACAGGAUUUUCUCCAGGGAAGAUCUCAGCUGCUGUGUGUGGUGCUCCCUGCAGAAUCUUGGCUAAUGCUACAGUGUCGGCCUUCAGCUGCUUGGUGCUCCCCUUGGAUGUGUCGAUGGCUUUCCUGUGUGGCCUGAAGCGCAAGGAGGACAACUGUGAGGCCACCAGUUGCACCUAUGUGCAGUGUGAUUUGACUGUUGCUGUGGGGACAGAGAGACUGCCUGAGUCAUGGCCUUACCUCUACAUUUGCGAAGAAAGUGCUCAGCGCCUCUUUGUGCCAGAUCACUGGACAGAGACAGUGUUUCCAUUUUCAUUUUCAGGCCUCUUCAUCAGCCCUAAAGUGGAAAGAGAUGAAGUUCUCAUCUAUAAUAGCUCCUGUAACAUUACCAUGGAAACUGAGGCAGAGAUGGAGUGUGAGACGCCUAAUCAGCCAAUUACCGCCAAGAUUACUGAGAUACGGAAAAGCUGGGGCCAGAACACUCAGGGCAACUUUUCCUUUCAGUUUUGCCAGAGAUGGUCCAGGGCUCACAGCUGGUUUCCCGAGAGAGUGCCACAAGAUGGCGACAAUGUCACAGUGCAGAAAGGCCAGCUGCUUCUGCUUGACACCAAUACAAGCAUCCUGAACUUGCUGCACGUUAAAGGGGGAAAGCUCAUUUUCCUGGCUCCAGGACCCAUUGAACUCAGGGCCCAUGCCAUCCUUGUUUCUGAUGGUGGAGAGCUCCGAAUUGGAUCUGAGGACAAACCCUUCCAAGGCAAAGCUCGGAUCAAACUCUAUGGAAGUUCCUACUCCACCCCGUUCUUUCCUUAUGGAGUCAAGUUCCUGGCUGUGAGGAAUGGAACUCUUUCCCUGCAUGGUUCACUACCAGAAGUAAUUGUCACCCAUCUUCGAGCAGCUGCCCAUGCCCAAGACACAGUGUUGGCUCUAGAAGAUGCUGUAGACUGGCAGCCUGGGGAUGAAGUUGUCAUCAUCAGUGGGACAGAUGUCGAAGGUGUCAGACCAAUGGAAGAGAUUGUCAUUGUGGAAACUGUGCACAACACAGACCUCUAUCUUAGGUCACCCUUGAGAUAUUCUUACAACAUUACAGAGAAUUCGGUGGCUGGAGAGCACCAUAUUUUAAAAGUCACCUUAGCUCUUCUGAGCAGGAGUAUUACCAUACAAGGAAAUCUCACCAAGGAGAGGAUGCAGCUCCUUGCUUCAUGCCAGGAAGCCAGUGCUUCAGAAGGUAAUCAGAAGCACUGUUUGUAUUCCAUGAGUGAGAGGAUGCUGGGAUCUAGAGAUCUGGGGGCCAGUGUGAUCAUUCAGUCUUUCCCAGAAGAGCCCAGCUGGGUCCAGUUGAAGGGAGUGCAAUUCCAAGACUUGGGGCAAGCCUUCCAGAAGCAUCUGAGCUCACUCACUCUGGUGGGAAUGCUGAGAGAUUCCUAUGUGGAGGGCUGCACAGUGCGGAACUCCUUCAGUAGAGGCCUUGGCAUAUGCAGGACUGUUGGCUUGAAGGUGGAAAGUAAUAUUUUCUACAAUAUUUUAGGCCAUGCCUUGCUGGUGGGGACAUUCAUGGAGAUAAGACAUAUCUCUUGGGAGGCUAUUCCUGGAAGAAAAAAUGACCUGUUAGAACUGGGAAAUAUAGUAAGAAACAAUGUGAUCAUCGGUGUUUCUGGUGCCGAGGGCCUCUCCAAUCCUGAGAUGCUGACACCAUCUGGUAUCUACAUCCGCAAUCCCACCAACAUCAUAGAGGGGAACAGAGUGUGUGCUUCUGGCUUUGGCUACUUUUUCCAUCUUGUGACCAGAAAGACAUCACAAGCUCCACUUCUCUCCUUUACUCAGAACGUUGCACAUUCUUGUACAAGGUAUGGUCUCUUUGUAUACCCUAAGUUUCAGCCACCUUGGGAUAAUGGCACGAGCCCCACCCUGUUCCAGAACUUCACAGUUUGGGAAAGUGUAGGUGGUGCUCAGAUUUUUAGAAGUAGCAAUCUUCACCUGAAAAACUUCCAAGUUCAUUCAUGCCGAGAUUUUGGAAUUGACAUCUUGGAAAGUGAUGCAAAUACUUCAGUUACUGACAGCUUAUUACUUGGUCAUUUUGCCCACAAGGAAGGCCUGUGUAUGUCAGCUGGGAUUAAAACUCCCAAAAGAUGGGAACUGAUGGUAUCUAACACUGCCUUUGUUAAUUUUGAUCUCAUCAACUGUGUGGCCAUAAGAACCUGUUCGGGCUGUUCCCAGGGACAAGGUGGAUUUACUGUGAAGACCAACCAAUUGAAGUUUACAAACUCUCCAAACUUAGUAGCAUUUCCAUUUCCUCAUGCAGCAAUUUUGGAAGACUUGGAUGGGUCUCUGUCUGGGGAAAAUACAAAUCACAUUCUCCCUUCUAUGGAAACCCUUCCAGCUUCUUGUUUGAUCAAUGAGAGCUUCAGUAGAAUUGUGCCCGGAAGUGUCUGUGGGGGAGGUGCUCGCUUUCAUCGUAUGUCUAUUGGUUUAGCUCAUGCUGCUGAUACCCCUUAUGAUUUAACCAUGACUGACAGCAGAAAUAAGACAACCACUGUCAAUUAUGUCCAUGAUACAUUGUCUAAUCUUCAUGGCUGGAUGGCUCUGCUCUUGGACCAAGAGACUUAUUCCUUGAGGUUUGAGAAUCCUUCAAGCAACAGAUCUCUGCAGUACUCAGCAACCUUUGACAACUUUGCUCCUGGGAAUUCCCUCCUGCUGGUGCACACAGACCUGCCGCCUUCCCCUGACAUCCUCAUAAGAUGCGGGAGUCACGUGGGUCUGUCUCUUCCAUUUCUUCCAUCACCUGGUCAGAACCAAGGCUGUGACUGGUUCUUCAAAACCCAGUUGAGACAACUCACCUACCUGGUUGCAGGCGAAGGCCAAGUUCAAGUAAUUGUCCAGGUGACAGAAGGUGCAUCUCCGACUAUUUCAGCUUCUACUUCGGCACCUGAAUCAGCUUUAAAAUGGUCUCUCUCUGAAACAUGGCAAGGUGUUGAUGAGGGCUGGGGAGGACACAACCACACCAUUCCAGGCCCAGGGGAUGACGUCCUGAUUUUACCCAACAGGACUGUCCUUGUGGAUACAGACCUUCCAUUCCUCAGAGGCCUCUAUGUGAUGGGGACUUUAGAUUUCCCUGUGGACAGAAGCAAUGUUCUGAGUGUGGCGUGCAUGGUCAUUGCAGGCGGGGAGCUGAAAGUUGGUACUUUAGAAAAUCCCUUAGAAAAAGAACAGAAGCUUCUGAUUCUCCUUAGAGGUUCAGAGGGAGUCUUUUGUGACCGUCUCGAUGGAAUUCGUAUUGAUCCAGGAACAAUUGGGGUUUAUGGGAAAGUUCAGCUUAACGGUGCUUAUCCUAAGAAAUCGUGGACACGUCUUGGAGCUGACAUUGCCUCAGGGAAUGAGAGAAUUAUUGUAGAGGAUGCAGUGGACUGGAGACCCCAUGACAAAAUUGUCCUCAGCUCUUCUUCUUAUGAGCCUCAUGAAGCAGAGGUCCUCACUGUGAAAGAAGCCCAGGGCCACCACAUUAGGAUUCAUGAACGGCUCAAACACCGGCACAUUGGAAGUGUCCACGUCAUGGAUAAUGGCAGGCAUAUUCGUUUGGCUGCUGAGGUUGGACUGUUGACCCGCAAUAUACAAAUUCAGCCUGACAUUUCGUGUAGAGGGAGACUGCUUGUGGGGUCCUUCAGAAAUUCCAACAGGGAAGAAUUUUUAGGUGUCCUUCAACUUUUAAAUGUGGAAAUUCAGAACUUGGGGUCACCAUCGUGCUCAUCCAUUGAAUUCACCAGUGUGUCAGGAAAAUCCUGGGUAACAUCUUCUACUCUGCACCAGAGCUGUGGUGGUGGCAUCCGUGCAGCUGCCAGUCAUGGAAUACAUUUAAAUGACAAUGUGGUGUUUGGCACAGCUGGCCAUGGCGUGGAUUUGGAGGGUCAGGCCUAUUCUCUCACUAACAACCUGGUGGUUCUGGUGACACAGCCAGUGUGGUCUAGUGUUUGGGUGGCAGGAAUCAAAGUGAACCAUGCAAAGGACAUUGACCUUCAUGGCAAUGUUGUGGCUGGAUCAGAGAGACUUGGCUUUCACAUCCGAGGCCACCAGUGCCCCUCACCUGAAGUGCUUUGGUCUGACAAUGUGGCCCACUCAAGCCUUCAUGGCCUUCACCUCUAUAAAGAAAGUGAACUUGGAAACUGCACUGGUAUCUCUGGCUUCUUGGCUUUCAAGAACUUUGACUAUGGUGCCAUGCUACACGUGGAGGACAGGAUGGAGAUAGAGAACAUCACUCUGGUAGACAAUGUUGUCGGUCUUCUGGCAGUAGUGUAUGUGUCUCCAGCGUCACAGAAUGCAAUGGAAAAUGUGCAAAUUGUGCUUAGGAAUUCAGUCAUUGUGGCCACCAGCUCCUCUUUUGACUGCAUUCAGGACAGAGUGAAGCCUCACUCAGCCAACGUGACAUCAGCGGAUCGAGCUCCUUCCAAUCCAAGAGGGGGCCGAGUUGGGAUUCUGUGGCCUGUAUUCACCUCGGAACCAAAUCAGUGGCCUCAGACGCCAUGGCACAAAGUGAGGAAUGGCCAUGCAGUUUCAGGAAUCGUAAAACUUCAAGAUGUCACCUUUACUGGUUUUGUGAAAAGUUGCCAUAGCAAUGACCUGGAUGUCUGCUUUCUGCCAAAUAUAGAAAGCACUGGAAUAAUGCCCCCAAUAACAGCAGAGAGGACCCGGAUGCUAAAGAUGAAAGAUAAAAACAAGUUCUACUUUCCUCUGUUACAGCCCAGGAAAGAUUUAGAAAGAGAAGUCUGUGCUGAAUCCAAUUGUGAAAAUCCAAGAAAAUAUCUCUUUAAAGAUCUGGACGGGAGAGCCCUGGGUCUGCCUCCACCUGUUUCUGUAUUUCCUAAAACUGAGGCAGAAUGGACUGGAUCCUUCUUCAACACAGGUACAUUUAGAGAAGAACAGAAAUGCACAUACAGAUCACUGCUACAUGGCUAUAUCUGCAAACAGACUGACCAUGUGGUCCUAGUUCUUGAUAAUGCUGAUGACAUGUGGACAAUCCAGAAGUUAUAUCCAGUUGUUUCUGUGACUGGCGGUUUUGUCGACACCUUUAGUGGGGUAAAUGCCAAUACUUCCUGUUCUGCCUUCAGGUCUGUGUCAACUUUCUAUUCCAUUUUACCAAGUAGGGAAAUCACCAAGGUCUGCUUUGCAGAUCGAACUCCUCAAGUUCUGCGUUUCUUUCUAUUGGGCAAUGAAAGCAGUUCUAAACUUCUCGUGGCUAUAUUCUACCAUGAGCUCCAGAGCCCCCAUGUUUUCCUGAGAGAAAAUUUUAUUCCACCCAGUCUGGCUCAAUCAACUUCCUUCUUGCUAAAUGAAUCUAUUGGCGUCAACUAUUUCAACGUCAUGGACAACCUAUUGUAUGUUGUCCUGCAAGGAGGAGAGCCCAUUGAAAUACGCUCAGGGAUUUCUAUUCAUUUAGCCCUCACUGUGACAUUUUCGGUCUUGGAAAAAGACUGGGAAAGAAUGAUACUUGAAAGACUAACCAGCUUCUUACAGAUUGGACAACACCAAAUCAGAUUUGUUCAGGAGAUGCUUGGCAACGAAGGGACCCUAAAGGCCAUUGCUGACAGUACAGCAAAAAGAAAACGGAAUUGCCCAUCUGUGACUUGUACCAGUCAUUAUAGAAGAGUUGGUCAACGUAGACCUCUCACGAUGGAAAUGUCCUCAUAUGGGGUCUCACCACCAACCACUAUGGAACCUAUCUCAAAAGUGAUCGUGAUUGAAAUUGGUGAUUUGCCAACAGUAAGGAGCACUGUAAUGAUUCCAUCCUUGUCCAAUAACGAAUUACAGAAUUUGGCUCACCAAGUCAUCACUGCUCAACAGACUGGAGAACUAGAGAGUAUUCUGAAUGUGACUAUAGGGGCCCUACUAGUGACUCAGCCGAAGGGAGUCCUUGGCUAUGGAAAUACAAGCAGCUUUACAAGUGGGAACUUGGUCUAUAUUCGGCCCUAUGCUCUUUCCAUCCUCGUCCAGCCUUCAGAUGGAGAAGUGGGAAAAGAACUGCCGGUGCAACCACAGCUCAUGUUUCUGGAUAAGCAGAAUCGAAGAGUGGAGUCCUUGGGGCCCCCCUCAGAGCCUUGGACCAUUUUAGCUUCCCUGGAAGGGACAUCAGAUUCAGUGCUACAAGGGUGCACCCAAGAAGAAACUCACGAUGGUUAUGUAAGCUUCUCCAACUUGGCAGUCUUGAUCUCUGGGUCAAAGUGGCACCUUAUUUUCACCGUCACUUCCCCUCCAGGAGCCAAUUUUACAGCUCGAUCCAGGUCAUUUGCUGUCUUGCCUGUGACUAGAAGGGAGAAGUUGACCAUCAUCCUGGCUGUUUCUGUGAGCUCCGUGGUCUCGUGGCUGGCUCUGAGCUGUCUGGUGUGCUGUUGGUUUAAGAAAAACAAAAGCUAUAGAAAAACAAAACCUGAAGAGAUUUCUGACUCCCAGACUAAUGAUCAAAAGGAUCAUAUCCACAUCACGUCCAAACGCAGAGGAUCCCAAGUAGGGACUGAAAAAGAAGAGGCUGUGGUGAGAGAAGAUGUGAGGAUGGAGGUCAUGCUGGGCAAGCCCCACCAGCUCCCCCACCAAUCACGAAAUGGGGUGUCCAGAAGGAAAGUCAGCCGCCACUCUGUCCCCGAAGUGGCUGCUGUCCCUGCUCCCAGUGUUACUGGCACCAUGUCCCAUGGGCACACCUGUGCUCCAGGCUCUCCUGCUCGGCAGACGAAGCAGCAGGAGACCAGGAACUGGAAGGAGGCCCAAGAACAGCUGCUCAGAUACCAGCGGGCAGGUCACAGUCAGCUGCUGCUGCUAUGCCCAGAUCUCAGACAAGAGAGGCAGAAGCUGCCGGAACAGAGCCCACUGAGCAAGGAAAGUGGCAGCUCAAGGCUUUCCCAAGAGAAAAAUGCCACCUGUGGGGGUGCUGAGGCCUUCUGCCUGCAUUCAGUACACCCAGAAACUAUCCAGGAGCAGCUGGGCUCAGGGACUAGUGUGGACAUUUGGGCUGAACGGCAGAAUGCUCAAACUAUUUCUGGAUAGGAAGUAAGGGAGGUGAGACCUGAGCUUCAGAGACAACUAAUAAGGGAGAGUGUGGAUUUUGCAUCUCUUUUGCAACUUUAGGAAGGUGAAAACAAUAAUAUAAAUGCUUAUGGACAGAAGAAUAUCUGAAAUGUCUUUUGUUUUUACUUUUCUUUUUUUAUUAUUAAAUCAUACCUGUGUACAUUAAUGCGAUCAUGAGGCACCAUACACUGUCCGAUCAUAGUCCAAUGCCAGACGAUUAACAGGUUCUCAAACACUUGUUAAUUUUCUACUUACUUUUAACUUACCAGUUUAUAUUCUUGAAUUUGCCACCUUAACAAUAGUAUAAGACUGAUGUGUGCACCAGUAGGAGUUAUUAAGUAUUCUCUGGGAUGAUCAUCCACAAGGGUAUUUUUUUCUUUUCUUUUCUUUUUCUUUCUUUUUUAAGACAAGGUCUCCAUCUGUCGCCCAGGCUGUAGUGCAGUGAUGCAUUACAGUGCACUGUUGCCUCAAAAUCCCAAUUCAGCCUCCUGACUAGAUAGAAUUACAGGUGCUCAGCUAAUCUAAAAAAAAAAUUGUAGAAACUACGUCUUGCUAUAUUGCUAAAGCUGGUCUCAAACUUCUGGCCUCCAGAAAUUCUUCUGUCUAAGUCUCAUAAUGUGCUAGGAUUAUGGGCAUCACCACCAUGCCUGGCCAACUUUGGGCUCCUUUAUAGAAGUGAUUAUGAUAAGGUCUGGUAAUAAAUGGCCAACAAACAUAUGAAAAAAUGAUUAUCCAUAAUCAUCAGAGAUAUGCAAAUCAAAACCACCCUGAGAUAUUACCUAACGCCAAUAAGAAUAGCCCACAUCACAAAGUCCCAAAGCUUCAGAUGCUGGUGCAGAUGUGGAGAGAAGAGAAGACUUUUACACUAUUGGUGGAACAGCAAACUAAUACAGCCUCUAUGGAAAGAAGUAUGGAGCAUCCUCAAAGAACUCAAAAUAGACCUUCCAUUUGAUUCCAAAAUCCCAUUACUAGGUGUCUACCCAGAAGAAAAGGUCAUUUUUUCAUAAGGGAAUUUGAACUGAAUUGUUCAUUUCAGCUCAAUUUACAAUCACCAAGAUGUGGAAUCAACCCAAGUGCCCAUCAAACCAUGAAUGGAUUAAUAAACUGUGGUAUAUGUUUGUAUACCAUUGAAUACUAUUCAGCCAUAAAAAGGUGGAGACUUUACAUCUUUUGUAUUAACCUGGAUAGAGUUGGAGAACAUUCUCUUUAGUAAAUUAUCACAAGAAUGAAGAGCAAGUAUCCAAUGUAUUCAAUACUAACAUGAAGCUAGUAGAACAAAUAUACUCCACACAAGAGAAAAACUCAAUUUCAUUCUUAAAGGAGAAGAGAGGGGGCUGAGAGGAAGGAGGAGGAAGAAUUGGUGUACUCCCACUUAAUGAACGCAAUGUAAGGGUAUAUGGCACACCUCCUGGGUGAGGGGCACAACUACAACAGGGACCUUACCUAACAAAUGCAAACAUUGUAGUCUAAUGGUUUGUACCCUCAUAGUAAUCUGAAAUAAAGAAAAAAGAAAAGGUCUGAUCAGCUAUAUUUCAUUCUGCUGUGUUAUAAAAAAACAUUUCUUCAUCUUGUAGAGACUUUUGGAGAACAGGAGAACACCCUGCUGCCUGAUCUGUCAAAGCUUACUUACCUUUUAACUACAAGGCAACUUCCUGGUUUCUUUUUUUACAAGUAGAUUUUAUUUCAUGGUUUAAAUUUAGUCUGUUUGGGGAGCCCACAGUAGUGUAAGCACACCAAGUUUGCACCUCAUGAGUAUUCACACAUGAAAAUUGACAUUCUCAUGGGCUUUCCUGAGAGUUUAGUUAAGGCAAACUAUGUAAAAAUACUGAAGUUGGGAAA